UUUCGGAAUACUUUGUGCACCCCUAACCAAUGCAAUGCCACCGACAUUGAAUCAUAAAAUCGUUCUGUCUAUCUACACUUACAAGAAUGGAAGAAGGAAAAAACAUUCCAUCAUGGUUUGAAAAUAAAUCGCAUGAGGAAAUAAAUUCAAAUAGCUUUAAUUUGGAGGAAAUAAAGCCAAAUGUAUCAAACUCAUUGCCGAAAUUAGUGGAUAUGAAAGCUGUUUCAACAUUUUCAACUCUUGUAGACAUAAAGCAAGAUGUUUCAACUAUUGAGGACAUGAAACCAGGUGUUUCCACUUUUGUGGACAUGAAACCAGGUGUUUCAACUAUUGUGGACAUGAAACCAGGUGUUUCAACUAUUGUGGACAUGAAACCAGAUGUUUCAUCUUUUGUGGAUAUAAAACCAGACGUUUCAUCUUUUGUGGACAUGAAACCAGGCGUUUCAACUUUUGUGGACAUGAAGUUAGGUGUUUCAACUUUUGUGGACAUGAAACCAGAUAUUUCCAAUUUUGUCAAUACAGAAAGUGAUAAACCAGAAGGUUCAAUAGGACAGAUAAUCAAUUCAAUAGAUUCAUCUAUUUACAGUGAAAAAGUAACUUUUAUAAAAUCAGAGAUUUACAGUGAUUUAGAGGAAUUAAAAUUAAUGCAUAUGAAGUCUUUAGAAAUAUUAAGUUUAAAUAAUAGAAGUAAUUCUGAAGUUAAACAGCACAGAUGUAAUAUUUGUCAUAAAAACUUUUCCAACAAAAACUAUUUAUCUCAGCAUAAAAUAAUUCAUUCUGGAAUUAAGAGGUACGAGUGUGAUAUUUGUCAUAAAAUGUUUUAUUACAAGUAUACUUUAGACAAACAUAAAAUUUUUCAUUCAGGUGUCAAGGAAUAUGAAUGUGAUGUUUGUCAUAAAAAAUUUUAUCUGCAAGUUAGUUUAUCUCAGCAUAAAGCAAUUCAUUCUGGUAUUAAGAAGUUUAAGUGUGAUAUUUGUCAUAAAAUGUAUUUUCACAAAGUUACUUUAAAAAAACAUAGAAUUAUUCAUUUUAGAGUUAAGGGACCUGAGUGUGAUAUUUGUCAUAAAAAAUUUUCUGAGAAAGCUGAUUUAUCUAAGCAUAUAGUUGUUCAUUCUGGAAUUAAGGGGUAUGGGUGUGAUAUUUGUCAUAAAAUGUUUUAUCGCAAGAGUACUUUAGCAACGCAUAAAAUUUUUCAUUCUGGAGCUCAGGAUCAUAGGUGUGAUAUUUGUCAUAAAAUAUUUUCUCGUAAAGCUGAUUUAUCUCAGCAUAAAAUUGUUCAUUCUGGAAUUAAAGAGUAUGAGUGUGAUAUUUGUCAUAAAAUGUAUUAUCACAAGAGUUCAUUAAAAAAACAUGAAAUUAUUCAUUCUGGAAUUAAGGAACAUGAGUGUGAUAUUUGUCAUACAACUUAUUUUUGGAAAGAUGAAUUAUCUCGGCAUAAAAUUAGUCAUUCUGGAAUUAAGGAGUAUGAGUGUGAGAUUUGUCAUAAAAUGUAUUCUCACAAGAGUUCUUUAAAAACUCAUAAAAUGGUUCAUUCUGGAGUUAAGGAACAUGAAUGUAACAUUUGUCAUAAAAGUUUUUUUCGGAAAGCUUAUUUAUCUAAGCAUACAAUUGUUCAUUCUAAAAAACAUAAAAUUAUUCAUUCAUGAUCAUAAGUAUUAUUUGUCCUCUCACAUUUAUUUUCUUUGAAGUCUCAUUUGACAUUAAAUUAUUCAUUCUGUAGAAAAAUCAUAUGAAUGUAAUAUAUGUUUUUAAAAAGUUUUCUUUAAAAAUCUUAUGUUAUUCGUUCUGGGGAAAAAGAAGUGUAAUUUAACAUACCAUAAAAAUAUUAACUCCUGCAAAAUGACUGGUAUUGUUUGUUACAAAUAUUUACAUUGCAAGCAUGAUUUGUCAACACAUUUAAAAACAUGUUUUCAAACGAGGACUAGCUACACAUCUCCAAUGUCAUUACAGAUGUAUACUUCCAUAUUCUAGUCUAGAUGUACUAAUGGGGUGCCAAAUGUACUUCUACUUUUAUUCCUCCACUCACCUCUGCACUCAGUACUUGGUCAUUAUGGUUGCUUGAAAACCUUUGGAUGAAAACUUUUACUAGACCUGACUAUCUGUCCCUACCAUCUCAGUUUUAGGUUUUUUAACUAUAGUCAGUUUCAGUCUGGAUUACUCCGUCUUAUAUUUUUCAGUAACAUAUGUUCACACAAAAAAAAAUUCCGAAAAUAGUAUUCUAAAAUGUUGCCUUCAGUAGUGGAAAUAUACAUUUACAAUCCUGGUAUCUUUACUGCUAUUCUUGCAUGCAUGGUAGUCUAUGUGCAAUUCAACUUGUAGGGCCCUAAUUUUUUAUUUCACUUUCCAGUUUUACUUUCUCUUAUACGAAGUGUAGAGGAAGUAUUGUAAUCUUGCAAAAAAUGUUUUAAAAUCUUAAUGUUUUACACCUCCCUGAGUCAGAAAACAUAGUUUUGCAAUUUUGAUUAAUGUAUGUGUGUAUGUAUGUGUGUGUGUGUUUGUGAACACAAUAACUUGAGUACCGUUACAGCUAGGUUGAUGUAAUUUCAUGUAUUAGUAUUAUAUCAAAUUUGUAGUUCUGCAUCAAUUUUUCAGUGAUUUCCGGUAACCGGAAGUGAAACUUAUUCAACUUUCAAUUUUUCAAAAGCCUAUAACUUGAGUACUGUUUCAUUUAGAUAGAUGAAAUUUCACAUGUAAGUUAAAGAUCUAAUGUUCUGCCUUCUGUCAAAUUUUAAGUAAUUUCUGUUGACUGGAAGUAGUAAUUCAUGCUAUUUUUUAUUUCUAAAAAAAUGCAUGUGAAUUUAUAACGCACUUAUAAUAUUCCGCACUAUUAUACACAUUUUGUUUGGCGUUCACUUGGUGCGCAAUUAUUUUUUCUAAGAGAUACUAUUCUAUUUUUAAAAGUUUUAGUAGUUAAAAAAAUGGAUUAAAAAUCAUGUCUAUACCCCGAGUUGCCAUCCUCCAUAUUCGAGAAAAAUUACUGGAGAUCACUCCUGGUUUAUAAAACUAUUAGCUCUUCUCCCCUUUACCAUUUUAUUUCUGAACCUUGAAUUAAUUCUGAAAUCCUUCCAAAAGGUUACUGUUGUAUUCCAUCAUUAUUUUAAACAAGUAGAACUCAUCAAAUUUCAGUGAUUCUAGUCGAUCUUAUUGUCUGUGACAUAAACUAAAAAGUCAAAAUAAUUAAGCUCGUAUGUGUUGAAGACUUUUGUUUUAAAAAAGUAUAUAUACUAUGUUCAUUUUUAAUAGAUUAGGCAUUAUCGUUAAAAGAGCUGGACUGCUAAUCCGUAAGUCUCGAGUUCGAAUCCGGGUUCAACUCAGUAGACCGGUACUCUGAUGGGUACCUAACUCAAGUUAGGGAAAGUAAAGGCGGCUAGGCAUAGUGCUGACCACACUAUCUCUUCAUAUGCCGAGGUCACAGAAACAAGUGAACUACACUUCACUUGCCCCAUAGACCAUCAGGUUUGAAAGGGAAACUUUACUUUAUUAUCGUUAAAAUUUAAAAGAGAUCCAUUACAGUUAACAUUUUCACGGUAAAACAAAUGUAUUUUCAAUUUAUUUAUUUUUAUUUUUUUGUGAAAUAGAAAAAAUGCAAAUGUGUAAAGUUACAAUUAACGACGAUAUUCCGUGUUUUUUACAAGCAAUGGAAACCUUUUUUAUUAAGAUAUUAGCUUUAUAAAGCUAUUAAUUAUUACAGUUAGAGUGUUGUAUUACAACACAUUAUUUCUGCAUAAAGCAUAAUGAGUCUGGUCUGAAAUUUUUUUUUUUAAAUUUUCCCUAGUCGGGUCACACCCUGUUAUUUUUGUUUCAAGUGACUCAAUGUUUUUCCCUAGUCGGGUCACACCCAGUUAUUUUUAUGUUUCAAGUGACUCAAUGUGUUUUUCCCUUGUUGGGUCACACCCCGUUAUUUUUAUGUUUCAAGUGACUCAAUGUGUUUUUCCCUAGUCGGGUCACACCCCGAUAUUUUUAUGUUUCAAGUGACUCAAUGUGUUUUUCCCACAUUGAUCUGCAUACAUAUGCAGCUAACAUUUUUUCAAUGCAUUUUAUUAAGUUUGGUAGCUUUUCUUUUUCCUGCCAUGCUGUAAAAAUAUACAGUCCCUUUAUAGCUUUUUUAAAGCAUCUUACAUUUUUUUCCUCAAGAAGAUAUUGAAGAGGGUAGUAAAAAGACGACAUUCUUGCUUAACCCUACCUGCGGUUUUAAAAUAUUUACCUAUAUUAUUGUGGUAGUAAACUGCAUGUUGUUUGGUCAUAUUCAUUUUGAUUUACUGAAGUGUAAUAUCCAAUUGCUAUUGUUCAUUUUCCAAUGUAUUUCAUUUAUUUUCUUUACCAUUGUAAAUAAAUUGUAUUCGUAGUAAAUUAUUGGUGCACCAUCAAAACUGCAAAUGACUAAUCGACACCGUCAAAGUGGUCCUCGACAAAGUGGUCCCCGACAAAACGAUCCAGUCAAAAUAGUCCCAUUAAAGGGACCCUGACAUUAAGGCUCCAUAUUGACUCACGUUAUAUUUUCUCCUGACAAAUGAGCUUCUGAAAAAUGGACUCACGGCCUAUUGGCUCCUAACAAAUAGGCUCACAAUGUAUUGGCUCCAAAUAAAUAAAUUAGUAUGAAUAUGGCUUUCCUACCACUACAACCUCUUUUAAAUGCCUGAAUGAAAAGAACGUUUAUAUGAACCAACAGCAAUUCAUAAACAAAUGGAGCUCUUAACAAGGUGUCACAUCAUUUAGGGGGGGUGGGGGGU